AUGAAUGCGAACGCAGUACAAAUAACCAUUUAUCCAACGGAAGAGAACAUACGCGAAGGCCGUGAAGGUACAUUUGACUGUCGCGCACGAGCUCACGAUGGCACAACUUAUCCGGAAGUGCGGUGGACUCGUCAAGGUGCACCACUUCCGGCUUCGGCUUAUGAAACCGAUGGGCGACUCACGUUCACGUCGGCAUCACCGUAUGAUAGUGGAACAUACGUUUGCUCGACGACUUACGGUGGACGAAAUUACGAAGCUUAUGCACAGCUCAAUGUGCUGCCUUGUAAGUUCUACCCGGGCAGUUCCCUUUUCCCGAAUUAG